AUGGAAAAGGAGGAGCAACAACAGCAACACAGCAAAGAAGGAAACAACCACCAACAAACUGAGCAGCAAAAGGAGGAGGAAUGGCAAGUACAAAGAAGGAAAAACAACAAAUCACAGGAAGAAAGAAUGCAGAAAACAGUGUGGAGACCAACCUCAACACAGAGCAGAGUGACAGAAGAGCAACCACAGAACACAACUCAGCAGACAGGUACAACCAACACCUCUAAUCAUAAUUCUUUUACUAACCUUAACAUGCAGGAAAAACAAAAUGCAGAAACGCAGGAGCCUAACAGUGAUGCAGGGGUGUCAACACAUGGUGCACAGAACAGGUCUAAAGCAGAUCAUAACCAAAAAUCACAGGCCAUACAAACAGGAAACAAGGUUAAUAACACGAGCACAGGUAUUGACUCAAUGCUCCCAAUUCCCAAAAACCCCAAUACUUCUUAUCUUAAUGGUAUUGUUGAAGUUGAAGGAGGGAUGGAUGGGGGAUGUCAGGAGAAACAUACUAACAUGCAGGAAAGGGGUUCCAAAGGGGGGCAUUUGUCUCAUGUUCUGCAUGAGGGUACACACCUUGACCAUAAUUCAGACCUUAGAACUCCUGCUACCACUACAAGCCAGCACCUUAACUCAUACCAGCAACAGGUACAGCAGCAUGAUCAAACAGAGGCAAGAAAACAAAUUAAUGCUGAAAAUUUUAUAGAAAAACAACAAGGGGAAGCAAGAACUGCGGGUAAACAAAACAAGGGAUCUAUGGCAAAAGAUAUGGGGGCCAAAGCAAGUACUAGCACCCAAGGGACCACUCCCAAAAGCAAGAACAAACCUUGCAAAAAAAGGAGAGAAACUUCAAAAAAGAGACAAAACAUACAACAAGACAUUGAUCAACAGGGGAAACAACAAAUGGAAGGGGAAAGUUGCAAGAAGUUUAUUAUGGUUGAUGAGCAUCAGGGCAUGGAUAUUACUCCUCUACAAACCCAUUAUAUGAAUCCUCCUCAUAAUGUCCCUCCAGAUAAAAUGUCUGAAAAGUGUCAUAUGAACAAAGGUCCUAUAUUUGAUGAAUAUGCUGUUGAUAACUCAGAGGAUGAACUCGAUGUGGAUAAUCAAUCACUCAAGGACCCUGAUGAAGAUGAUGAGACUAGUGAGGCACUGAUUAGAGCUUUUAGUCCUCAUCCGGACAAAAGCCUUGCAAAUGAAGUUCAACAGGUAAUUAAUAAUCAGGGAUUAUCUCCCCGAGGAAUACAUCAUGAUAGAUUCCAAUUUGAAGCUCAAGACAUAAACACUGUCACUGCUGGCAGACCAAACACUAGGUUGUUCACCUCCAGAUCAUCUCAAUGA